ACGGACAUUUACACAAUUACUCCGAGAACAGACGGGUGUACUAUUAUUUGGUGUCAAGACUCCAGGCAGACUGCAGAUCAUUCAUUUAAUCUCAGCAAACUCUGCGUAUGAGGGAGUGACUGGUUCUCUACGUUUGUAAAGUAUUAAAAAAUUGUAUAAAACUAAGCAAUUCAGUCUCCUCAGCAAGAGUAUAACGUUAGUAGACAGGAGCGGUUCUGCAGCAGCCCUCGUGUCAAUGACCAUAAAAUGAACUCUUUCUUCUACUUAGAAAUAAUGACAUUUCAAUUAGUACAGUACUGAUCCCUGACCACACGCGCACGCACGCACGCGCGCACACACACACACACAGGUUCGAGGGUCGUGUGGUGAGCCUUAUAUAUUUGUGUGGCAGCGCUGGAGCUGAGCGGAAACCCCUCCCGUGUCCCAACUCAACUCCUCCAACCCCAGUCAAAGAAAAGAGGAAUACCGAGGAAUCAGGAAACACGGACAAAUACCACAAUACACCUUUACACAGUAGCAAUGCAGACCUGAGCAGCACCCCCCAUUUUACGAGAGAGAGAGAGCGCGUGCCUUGCGAGCAAGAUGGGGUUCGGCCGGGACCUGCGCAACUCGCACGAGGGUCUGGUGAAGCUGCAGGACUGGGAGCUGAAGCUGCUGGAGACAGUGAAGCGCUUCAUGACCCUGCGGGUGAAGAGCGACAAGGAAUAUGCAUCGCUCCUGCUCAACAUCAGUCAGCAGGUGGACAAGCAUGACAACAACACUCAGAUCCACUACGUCAGUACGGUCUCCAAGUCGUGGACCAACAUGGUUCAGCAGACAGAGCAGUUGAGCAAGAUUAUGAAGUGCCACGCGGAGGACCUCAACUCAGGGCCUCUCCACCGCCUCACAAUGAUGAUCAAAGACAAGCAGCAGGUGAAGAAGAGUUACCAAAGCCUCCACCAGCAGAUCGAGUCUGAGAUGCACAAGGUAACUAAAAACGAUCUUGAGAAGUUGAAAUGCACCUACAGGCAGUUAACUAAGGAAGCUGUUUUAGCAAGAGACAAAUACAAGGAGGCUGUUGUAAAAGGCAAAGAGACUGAAAAAGCCCGUGAGCGAUACGACAAGGCCACAACGAAGCUGCAUAACCUGCACAACCAGUAUGUGCUAGCGGUGAAAAGCGCACAGCUGCAUCAGGAGCACUAUCAUGAGACUGCACUGCCUCUGCUGCUGGACUCACUGCAGAAGAUGCAGGAGGAGAUGAUCAAUGCACUUAAGGGGAUUCUGGAGGAGUACAGUGAAAUCACCAGCCUGUUAACAGAUGAAAUAGUGAAGGUCCACAAAGAAAUACACACUUCCAUCGACCAAAUCGAUCCACUGUCAGAGUAUGACAACUUCAUCGACAUUAAUAAAUCACCAGAAGCCAAAGAACCAAUUGUAGAAUUUGAUGCAACGCUAUUAGAAGAAACGGAGAAUCUUCAAGCAAAUGAGAUUCUGUGGAAUAAUUUGACAGCAGACAGUUUACAAGCAAUGCUGAAGUCCACCUCAGAGGAGCUGCUCCAAACCCAGGAGAGUCUUCACAGCAAAGAGGACCUCAUGCAGGACCUGGAGAACAAACUCGAGGAUUCUACCAGAUCCUUUGAGAAGAAAUCAGAUGUGGUGUUGUUCCUCAGUCAGAAGCAGUCUUUGGAGGAGUUGAGACAGACGGUCCAGCUGCUGCGCUGUUCAGAGGCCAAACUAAUGGCACACAGACAACUACUAGAACAGAAGAUGCAAGAGAACGAGGGCAAAGAACCACCGCCUGUCGUCAAUUAUGAAGAGGACGCCCGCUCAGUCAACUCAAUGGAUAAAAGCAAAGACAAGGUAUCGAGGUUUGACACCCUCAGACACUCCAUCGCUGGAAUCAUCCGCUCGCCCAAGUCUGUGCUGGGCUCUUCAUCAUUUUUCGAUGUGAUACCCACAAGUGAGAAACCGCUGGGCGAGCAAGAGUGGUAUCACGGCGCCAUUCCCAGGACAGAGGCCCAGGAGCUGCUGAAGCAGCAGGGAGACUUCUUGGUGCGCGAGAGCCACGGCAAACCUGGAGAAUAUGUGCUGUCUGUGUUCUCAGACGGACAGCGCAGACAUUUCAUCAUUCAGUUUGCUGAUAAUCAGUACAGAUUUGAAGGCACUGGCUUCCCCACAAUCCCACAGCUCAUAGAGCAUCAUUACACAACUAAGCAAGUCAUCACCAAGAAAUCUGGGGUCGUGCUCCUGAACCCUGUCAUAAAGGAUAAGAAAUGGAUUCUCAAUCAUGAGGACGUCAAUCUGGGAGAACUCCUCGGGAAAGGAAAUUUUGGUGAGGUUUUCAGAGGAACGCUGCGAGAUAAAACCCUGGUGGCCGUGAAAACUUGUAAGGAAGAUCUACCACAAGACCUCAAGAUAAAGUUCCUCUCAGAAGCCAGGAUCCUGAAGCAGUACGAUCACCCCAACAUUGUGAAGUUAAUAGGCGUCUGUACCCAACGGCAGCCCAUUUACAUAGUAAUGGAGCUCGUACCAGGCGGGGACUUUUUAUCAUUCUUAAGAAAGAAAAAAGAGGACCUCAAGACAAAGCAACUGGUAAAGUUUGCAUUAGACGCUGCUGCUGGAAUGGCAUACCUGGAGCUAAAGAACUGUAUACACAGAGAUCUGGCUGCUCGCAACUGCCUUGUGGGAGAGAACAAUGUGCUGAAGAUCAGUGAUUUUGGGAUGUCCCGCCAGGAGGACAAUGGCAUCUACUCCUCAUCAGGACUGAAACAGAUCCCAAUCAAGUGGACUGCACCGGAAGCACUGAACUAUGGGAGAUACAGCUCUGAGAGUGAUGUGUGGAGUUAUGGGAUCCUCCUGUGGGAAACCUUCAGUCUAGGAGUGUGUCCUUACCCGGGCAUGACCAACCAGCAGGCUCGAGAACAGGUCGAAAAAGGUUACAGAAUGUCCUGCCCGCAGAAGUGUCCAGACGAGGUGUACAGGAUCAUGCAGAGAUGCUGGGACUACAAGCCUGAGAAUCGACCCAAAUUUGUGGACCUUCAGAAAGAACUGGCCUCUGUCAAGAAAAAAUAGCCUUUAAUGAGGAAAUGGCUGGAAGGCCAAACUCAUACUUCACAUCCAGGUGAUCCCUAAUCUUCAGAGAGAAACACAACGAAUGUUUCGCCCUCCAAAUGACAUGCAAUUACUGUGUGAACUGCCUAUGCACCAGCUGUUUUGAGCCAUUAGCAUGGAGAGAGGUCUCAGCUUUGCUCUGAUGUCAAAAUUAUGCAGAUUUCCCCCCGGUUUUUGGUAACUGAGCAACAGUUAAGCUACGACAGACAGCACAUAAGAUGUAUUAGGUGUAUUCAGUAUGCCACUGAGUAUUCCUCACCAGUGAAAAGGGAGGGUUGUUUUCCCCAAAAUGAAAUUGUCAUCAUUUGCGCACCUUUAUGUCGUUCCAAACCUGCAGAACUUUACUUUUCUUCUCUGCAACACAAAAACACAUUUUGAAAAGCGUUUUUGGUCCAAUCAGGGAAGGUUCGUUGGGUCUCAUGUUCUUGUUUUUUUAUACUUGAUUCACAUUCUUCAAAAUAUCUUCUUUUGUGUUCUCCAGAGCAAAGAAAAAGUCAUGCUGGUUUGGAAGGACAUGGGUGGAUAAAUGAUGACAAUGCUCAUUUUUGGGGAGCUAUCCCUUUGCAAUAUGGAAAUGAAUGUGUGCAGAUGGACUGUUUGUCCACCCAAUAACAAUAUUGCUUUUUCUUUUUUUAUAAGUCCUAAAACCUAAUGGUUUGGGGAGUUUUAUAGUCGAGACUUUUUUUAUGCCAUUUUUAUGUUACUGGAGUAAUAGGACCUUUUGUGGGAAAAAAUAAAAAAUACAGGCGUUUGUCAUACAAAAUAACAUCACAUCCUUAAGACGUUCACUGAGGGACAUUCCAGCGUUUCAGCACUCGUCAAGCAAUGAGACCAAAUGCAUAGAUUUACCUAAGUGUCAUUUAUAACUACAGCAAUAGUCUACUACAGUCAGGGCAUUCGGACUUUCACAAUGCUUGCAUGGUCACUGCAUCAAUCCACAGUUUACAAGCUCUCGAAAUACUUCACAACCUUACACCUCUUCAUGGUAAUACCAUUCAAAGUUUAAAGUCAUAGUUCAGAAUUUAAGAAAUAAAAAUCUGUCAUAAUAUGCUCAGCCCCAUGCUUUUCCGAUUGCUUUAAGAUUUUAGUUUCUUCUGUAGGACACACACGAAGAAAUUUACUAUAAUGUUCAUGCUGCUCUUUUCAGUACUGUAAAAGAAAAUGGUUACCGGAGACUUGCGCUUCAGAAAGCACCAGAAAAUAUCAUAAAAGUGGUCUAUACGACUUUUGCAGUAUAUUUCAAAUCUCACUCUCCAUUGUAGCUCUGUUCUUGUUGGUGGUUUGUCCAUAUUUAGAUACGGAAUGUGAAGGUACGACAAUACUUUUAAUGACGCCGAAAUCCCAUUCAUUGUCACAAGCAAAUAUGAUGCAUCAAAUGAAAAGAUUUUUGUUGAAUAACAACUUCAGUUUGAUUUAAUUCGGUCACACAGACCGAACAAGUCGAAUAGACUGAUUUUCGGAUACUUUUUUGGUACAUUUUGUAGCUUGACCUUUCUAGUAACUUUCAAUGUAUGGAAAAGAGCAGAUUGCCUUCAAAACAUCAGUUCGAAACAAAGAAAUGCAUACAAAUUUUGACAGGUUAUUCAUUUUUCAGUGACCUAUCUCUUUACAUUUACAAUGUUGCCAUGUAGCAUAUUAGACGUCACCAAAAGCUCUGACUGUGUUUCAUGUUGUUUUUCCUCCGUAACCAGCAACCAAAGCCAGUCCCAAGCAUGUUUAUUUGUGUCUAUGCCAUUGUCUUGGAUUGUGAUUUCUUGUGCUAUUUUACGAUCAGGUUUUCUCAGGCAAACCUAGUAGAUGCAUUUACCUACACAAGUAUUCCAGGUUUGGGUAGACCAUGAUGUGUUUUGUAUUAAGAAUUUCCCAGGUUGUUUCCUGCCAUUUUGGUCAAGUGCCAUUUUUUUUCCAUGCUUAUGUACACACGUUUUUGUUCCCGAGUCACAUAAAUUUGUCAUUCCAUUUCCAAAAAAAAUGGAAUCGUGGUUUCUUCAAGGUUUACUCUAUCAAAGCAUUGCUUUUGUAUUUUGUUAAUACUUUUUUUGUAGAUCCAGUAAUGUAAUUUUGUAGGUGUUUGGUUUUUUCACUGCAAAACUAAUGAUAUUCAAAUGUGGAUGUCUGUCAGGAAGAUGCGUCAACUUUCAGCUGUAAUAUUAGCGAUGAAGACCCAGAUCAAUACUGCUCUAAUAUUUGCACAUUUGGAAUAUGUAAAGAGGGUCCCAUAGCAUUGACUGUCCUUUUUUCUAGUCAGAAAAUCUUUUUUUUUUUCCUCUCUCUUCACGUUUUUGCUAUCACUAAUGCAGCCAAUAAUCAAUGGAGUUUGACAUGCAAUACAGUGCAUGCGCCAAUCAUCCAAAACUGGUGACAAUUUACACAAAGCUACUGUAUAAUAGUUUGGAUUUGUAUCCUUGCAUGAUUCACCAGUGGGUUUUCAAAAUUAUUAUUAUAAUAUUAUUUUUUUGGUGAAGCUGAGCUUACAUCAAUUAAACUACUGCUGAGUGAGCUCUUCCGUUUUUUUUUUCUUUUCUUUUCAAUUAUCCCUAUAGUGUGUUGUUUGAAAUACUGUAAUAUAAUUCUAUCAUCUUAAUCUUUUGCUUUUUUUGUACCAUUCACUAUAAUUCCUACAGUCAGUGUAUUAAAGCAAACGGCAGUAUUGUGUCUCAUCAAUUUGAAAUCGGUGUUACUCAGAGACAUUAGAUUCUCUUUCCUAUGUCUGACUUGCUCAUGUAAACGUCCAUCAGAAAAUGGCUUGUUUUGUUAGAGCAGCGAUUACUCUUUUCGAAGUCCUUAACAAUAAGCAAAAGUUUCUGUUGUCUUUAGGAUUGGGAAUUCUUCCUUUAUUUUUGUGAUGGAAACACUUAAUGUAUUGAUUGCACUUUUGGCCUUUUUAUGCUUUAAAAUGAUCUCCUGAUAUAAAACGGCAUAAAAUAGCUGUGUCAGGAAAUGACCGAUCCAUGAACAAAAGUAGAAAAGCAACACUGGACUAGAUUUUCACCCCUGCCGACUGAAAGAGGAAAAAUGAGAAGUGAAAUGGUUGACGUUAAGAAGGCUUGAGUCCUUGUUUUCCAUGUCGUUUUCUUUCAUCUGUUUGUGUUUGCUCAUAACACCUCUCUGACGGACAGUCAACUAUAACGAUGUCUGCUCAUUGUUUAUAUUGUACACUUGCAAUAAAGUUUGGAUUCUUUGAA